AUGAGGAUUAACUAUAACUGUGUCUCUCUUUUACUUCCACAGAGAUGCCCUAUUUCCUGGAGCCUAUUAGCAACGUGACGGUACCAGCAGGUAGAGAUGUGGGUCUAGCUUGUGUUGUCGACCACCUCGGCUCGUAUAAGUUAGCGUGGAUCCAGCGUGAUCGUUCAGCCAUCCUGACGGUCGGUAAUCACGUCAUCACCCGCAACCAUCGCAUCGGGGUGUCACAUGAUGGUCACCGUACCUGGUACCUUAAGAUUAAGGACGUGAGGCCAGGUGACGCGGGGACCUACAUGUGUCAGAUCAACACCGCCGUCGCUAUCAGCCAGACCGGCCACGUCAGCGUUGUUGUGCCUCCGUACAUAAAGGAUGAGAUGAGCAGCAGGGACGUGGGCCUCCUGGAGUGCAUGGACCUGACCCUCGCCUGCAGUGCUCGAGGAUCACCUGUGCCGACCAUUAAGUGGAGGAGAGAAGAUGGCAGUAAUAUACGUGUUAACCUCACUACCUCCAUGGUGGAGGUGCCGGGGCCACUCCUACAACUGACGCAGGUGAGCAGGACGGAUAUGGGCGCUUACCUGUGUAUCGCCUCCAACGGUAUUCCUCCCUCCGUCAGCAAGCGAAUCCAGGUGGAGGUGAAGUUCCUGCCGACGGUGUUCGUACCACAUCAGCUGGUCGGUGUCCCUCUGAGCCAAGACGUCACCAUUGAGUGCUACAUCGAGGCUUAUCCUGCAGGACUCAACUAUUGGAAGAGACCCAACGGCAUUGAGGUCCUUCACUCCGAUGACAAGUAUGAGGUGAAGGAGGUGGUAGGGUCACAGAAAUACAAGACCCACAUGUUGCUUACCAUUAGCGACGUCUCCCUAGCGGAUAUCGGUGAAUAUAACUGCAUCGCCAACAACAGCCAAGGAGGCGCUGAACAGGUGGUGAGAGUGUCAGCGUCUAACCCCGUUCAGUACAACCGCAAUGCCCUGGAAAAAGGUUUUGACAACAAGGAGAUCACAUACGGCAAGUCUUCCCUCUCGGCCGUUAACUGGAGCAAAGAUAACGACGCAUCAGCCGCACUGAAAGACGAUCAUGACGACCACCACAAAUGGCCCCCAAGGACACCCAACACCCAGCAGCGACAAACCACCAACAAGAGACUCCCCAACCAGAGUUUCGAUCACGAUUCUUCUUCGCCUCCUUCAUCCUCUGCAGCUCCCACCUCCUCCGCGUUCUUCCAGAGAGAUUGUAUGUGGCUGCAGCAACUGGGCACAAUCACUUGGCCCAUCGUUCUCCUGACAGUGACUUUACAAGGGUAUAGCGGGCAGGUUGAGGACGUGUGGUGUUUGUGGUAGUGUCGUCCCCCUGCCCUCUAGUACCUGCCUGUAGAAGGUACGCUGGUGUAGGUGAUCCUCUAUAGUUCGUUAGUGAGGUGUGACUGGUUUGUAAUUAACGGAGGCCAAACUUGUUGUUCUCUCUCAUAAGAUUCUCGCGGUCUGAGUCGUAGACCUAUAAAGUGUGUGGUACCUGGAGUGUUCAUCAGCUUGCUACCUCAUCAGUGACGGGAGGUGUAGGUCUUUGGCUCUCCUGCCCUGCACUCGACCUGCCCUGCCAUUCCCUGCCCUCCCUGCCCUGCCCUGGCCUACCCUCUAAAUGCCCUGCC